GCACUAUCUUCUGCUGAACCAGGGCACCUUUGACUUGUGGCACUUGUCCGGCCUGCAGACCAGCUUCGUGUCCAACGUUUCACUUGGCCUCACCAAGAAAGUGGAUGUCAAUUGGCAAGUCUAUACGCACUACUCGGGAAGUAAAUCAUUCACGAAGGCCAUCUUGGUGGUUGACAAGUCCGGUGGCCACUUGCGACAGAUGGCAGAGUUAACCUCCAAGGAUUGCCAGUGGCGAAUCCGAAUGCCUGGUAAGGAAUGGGAAGUUGUGAAGGAAUCGAAGUUGUUCUUCGUGCCAGAUGGUCUGCCAGAUGGCAAGAAAGAUUAUGUGACGGGCUUCAAGGUUGGUUUGGAGAAUCAACAUCUUAAGAUGAGCAUGAACACAGAGCAGGGCAAAACGAACAUUGCCGGAAUCUACACCACCUGCAGGCCUGCCCAUUUCCUCAAUCUCAAGUUGCACAUGAUGAGAACAAACUCGGGUGACGAGAAAUUCGUGAAGGGAGAAAUGCGAGGAUUCCAGAGGGUCAAGCCCAUCAGCGGCAAACGCCCCGUUGGACUCACCCCAGCAACCGCAUCGGCGCUGCAGCUGGACACGGAGAUGCAGUCCACGGACGAGGAGUUCUCAGUGAAACGCCGAUGGCAAGAGCUGGGCGGAAGUGAGCUGACCGCUGAGUACCUCGAGGCAGUGGAUGAAAAGGGUCCCAUCUCGCAUUUCCUGGGCACCUGUGAUGAGGAAGCAAAGCGAGAGGCUCAUGCGAUUUGCGCUAAGCACUUGGGUGCCGCCAUGGCCAAAGGCCCAGAGGCCGCGUUCUUCAACGAUUGCGUCACGGAUGUUUGCAACGGCGCCGGAGAGGUUGCCGCCGAACUGGCGGCUGAGCUGCGCGUAUCAUCUGGAUCCCCAGGUCAUGGUAUUUUUCAAGACAUGGCGAAGCAAGACUCGAAGAAAGCCAACGAGAAGCCUGGGGGCUGCGGACCUGGUGAUUUGCUACUGAUCAUUGCAGGGCCUAAGCUGAAGACGCAAGAAUCCAUGGGAAAGUUUCGACACCUCAUGGGCACAGAGUUAGGCUUGCGCAACGAAGGAUUCCGCGCCCUGUGGGUCGUGAACUUUCCUAUGUUGGAGUGGGAUGAUGAUGAGGAACGAUUCUGUGCGAAGCAUCAUCCCUUUACCUCACCUUGGACGGAGGAUAUCGACAAAAUGGUGAGCCUGGACCACAAGGACCAGAAGCUUUUGGAGGUGCGAGCCAAUGCCUAUGACAUGGUCAUCAAUGGUGUUGAGGUGGGUGGUGGUUCCGUCCGGAUUCACGACCGGUCGCUCCAAGAGAAAGUCUUUGAAGUGUUGGGAUUCAGCAAAGAGGAGGCUCUCGCUCAAUUCGGCUUUCUGAUGGGCGCUUUCGAAUACGGAGCUCCGCCCCACGCCGGCCUGGCCUUCGGCUUAGACCGCUUGUGCACCAUCAUCGGUGGCAAGGCCCGGCGGUCGGUAAAUUGUGCAUGGUGUUCUUGGCAGUGUCAUCACUUCUCUUGGUUUUGUAUCUCCACAUUGUUGUUGGAACCGCUGGAAUGCGGCACCCAGCAGACCACCAUUCGUGACUUCAUUGCCUUCCCUAAGAACAACAUGGGUGUCUUGGCGUUGGGCUGGGGCACUGCAAGAGCGAUUGGAGAUCGGUCACCAGGUCGCGACACCAUGAUCAACACCCCUGCAGCCAUCACCAGCGCGCAGCGGGGGAACCCAUCAUCUCAUGAGGACCAGCUGUCAAAGAACUUGGUCAACAGCUGUCAGCUUCUGCAUCCGGAAAGCUGGGGAAAGCUGGAAAGCAACGGCUUGUAA